AACUGAGAGAGUGGUUGCAACUUGCAAGCAAGCUGAGAAAUCAUUGAAAAUAUCUCUUCGUGUUGAAUAUUGCUGGAGUCACCGGAAUUUGAUUAUGAUGACGAGGGUACAUUCCACAGUUUCACCGGAUGAAUCCUUGCCUUCCAGCAGCGGAUGCAAGAGACAGGAUGUUCUUACCGUGUGGAAGAAGUCUCUGCUGCUGAACUGCAGCGGCUUCACUGUGUUUAACAGCAAAGGAGAGCUGGUCUUCCGAGUAGACAACUAUUGCAACGAUAACAGGGAAGAAAUGGUUCUCAUGGAUGCAGCUGGAAAACCGCUUGUUACCAUGAGGAAAAAGAAACUGUGCUUGGGAGAUCAAUGGCAGCUGUUUGAAGGGGAACCAAAAGAGACAAGAGGAUCACCAAAACCAAUCUACUGUGUGAAGAAGCAUUCCAGCAUUCUGAAAAACCCAAAGAACUUGGCUCACAUAUUUGAUGGAUCAUGUAAAAAUUUUCAGUUUGUUGUUCAUGGUUCGUACACCAAGAGAUCAUGUCAAGUCAUCGAUGAAUCUGGGAGGGUUGUUGCAGAGACCAAGAUGAAAGAAACUGUGUGUGGUGUAAACUACACAGACGUCUUCCAGCUCAUUGUGCAGCCAGAUUUCGAUGCAGCCACUGCCAUGGCUACCGUCUUGUUGUUGGACCGGAUGUUUUCCUCUAGAUGGUCCCCAAUUUUUUGAGACGCAUCGUUUUUUCCUGCUUUUUACAGACAUUCAUUUUGUUUCUUCGUCUAUGGCAUCGUUUUCUGUCUGCCAUUGACGAUUGUAAAUGCUGCAGCAGAGUUCAAUCUUUCUUUUUCUUUGUAUUUUCUUGUGUUUGUUAAACUAGACAGGUACAAGAAGUCUAGGAUUCAGUGAAAUUGGUGAACUUGACGUGACACCAUUUAGAGUUAAUUUAUACGAUACGAGAAGUUUUUCUCUUUUCUUCUGGCAUA